AACUCCCUUGAGUAUUCGUGCACCUUUGUUGUCUCUAUUUAAAAUUUCACUUUCAGUUCUAAGACUAAAUCAUCCAGGAGCCAUUGGACUCAGCCUCAUCUGGCAGAGCAGUCUGGGAAAUACUGUUCUAUGACAAGAUGCCUCGACUGUGCGUGUGCAUGCUGAUCUUAGCGCUGGCUCUGGCUGCCUUCUCUGAAGCUUCUUGGAAGCCCCACUCCCAGCUACAGGAUGCAUCCUCUGGACCAGGGACCAACGGGGGCCUGGAACCACACCAGCUGGACCAGCUGGGCCCAGCCUCUCACCAUCGAAGGCAGCUGGGGCCACAGGGUCCUCAAUACUUCAUAACAGACCUGUCCAAGAAGCAGAGGCCAUGGAUGGAGGAAGAAGAAGAGGCAUAUGGAUGGAUGGACUUUGGCCGCCGCAGUGCUGAGGAAGGGGACCCUCGUAACUAACAACAAUCAUCCAGAGCCCAGCCAUCUCCAGCCACGCCCAGCUCAGUCCUUGCAAAACAUAAAAAAAUAAACUAGCUUCCAGUGUA